CAUGGCUUAGAAAUAGCAGCAGGGCUUCUAUAAAGGACAUAGACGGGCAUGGUCCCAGACACAAACAGCAGAGACCACCAGACCAUCACCACAGAGGCAAGAGAGAGGAGUACCAUCACAGAGUACUUGGGGCUAGCAGCUACAGACAGACAGAUAGUCCAGAGAGAAGAACACAGAGAUACCAAGACAGACAGACAGACAGAGGAGUCUGAGAAACUAACGGAGGUGAUUAAACCGAUAGAAGGACAGAACUUCACCCACACAGAACAGUGAUAAUGCAGGUGUGUACCGUUCUUGAGAAGCGUGCUGGGGCUGUGGUGGGGGCUGAGCUGGCCUGCAGCGUACGGGAGGAGAACCAGGCUCAGAGGGAGAGCUACAAAGCCGACUGGAACAGUGUUAACAUGAAGACCCGGGCCAUGGACAGGUGAGUCCCAGCCUUUAGACAAACUGUAUUCAUUACUUCUGGUAGAUGUAACACAUUGAACAAUAUUAAGUAAUUUAUUCUUAUAUAAAAUAACAAUAAGCAAUACGUCCUCCUAUAUUACCAUGUGAGUCAUCAUACUCAAGACUACUGUAUAAUGUAUCUUUGUUAUAAUAACUGUCAGGCUAAUCUAUCAGCUGACAUUACAUUUAAUGAUUUUCAUUUCGCUGGUAGGAUUCUCAGCUUGAUACUGAGAGACCAUUAGAGUUUGAAAAUCACUGAGCAAUGUCCAACUCAUCUCUCCACAGGCAGACAAUGAACAUGAAUGAUGACUCUUGUCGGGAGACCUACACUAGGCAGUGGGAGGCUCGCUCCCUGGCCCAGGCCUGUCCCUGUGGGGUUUACAGAGUGGGCACCAUGGAGAGGGGUGUGAGGGAGCACCAGCUCCUGCCCAAGAGGAAAACCCUGCCCCUGCCCAUCUUCACCCCUGCACAGCUGGGCAUCCGGCUGGGUCGUGGAGCACCACACACCCAGGAGGACCUCCGUCCCUUCCCCAUCCCCGACGGUGCCUGCCCUGGCAAGAAGGCAGUGGUCGAAAUCACACAGGACCUGCCCCCCGUCAAGCCACUCAAGAUGGAGUUCGCAAAGGUGCCCAGAGCAUUGGGCCGCUCCGUGUCACAGGAGGUCCAGAGAGGGUGAAGGAAGAGGAGAGGAAGGAGAGAAGCUGAAAGAAUGGAUGUUAGGGAUAAAGGUUAAUUGUGGGGCUCAGCCCAUCAGAAAACAGCAUAGAGGGAUGUAUAUAGAUGUAUUCCUAGUGACAUUUAUUUCAUCUCUAUUCCCUAGUAAAGCCGUCACACAGUGCAUACCUUUCCUGUUUCAUUAGGUAUUACAUGUAUACUAUGGAUAUGUCCAAUGUCAUACUGUUUGUUAUACAAGGUAUUGUUUGCUUAGAGAUCUGAUAGCAUCUUUUGAUUGACAGAAAGGCAGACAAAUGCUCUGGGGUGUGUUCUUUCAGCUGUGCCAUAAGCUAAUCUCCCUGCUGACUAGAAAAGACCAGACUGGCCUUGUGGCCUUGUCACUUCUAUACACUGAAUGAACUGCCCCUGCCCCCCUGUCUGGCUGAAGCCAGUUGCGGAUAGGCCACAUAGGAUAGUAUGGCAUUCUGACCGCAUUGUAUGCAGUGGUACAUUUUACCCCACUUGUCAUACAAUGGCAAUGACACUUCACAGUAUUAUACUGCAGGAUGUUUUAUAUCCUAAACCAAUGUAUGUAUGAAGAUGAAUUUAUUGGUAUAUUCAUGUAGAAUGACCAUGCACAGAUGAGGGAGGUGAGAGAAGGGAAAUACGAAGAUAUCAAAGAUGCUUCAAAAUUGACACAGUGAGAGAGAGCAGAAGAUAAUUGGAACUGAAAAAGAAAGUGGGCACAGAGGGAGAGGUGGGCUCAACAUACCUUGGCAUCCAGCCCUCUCUUUUGUAACAAUGGAGAGCUGGUGAGCCUCCAGACCUCCAGAAGUCAUUGACACACUCUAAUCCUGGGUGAGAGGACAGAACGGUACAACAUGAUCCCACGCUGGGAACCCAGACAAAGGAGCCCAUUGGGCACAGACGUCAAUU